UUGACAGCAGUGUUUGCUUCUCUUUGUCAGAAGACUGACUUCCGUUUUCAUGUUUUCUCCAGGUUUCUGGAAUUUACUAUCCACUGACACCAAGAGCUGUCACUGUUGGUAACGGUAUAGCGAGGUCUUCGUAUUAUUCCGUGACGGAGCGAGUUAAAGCGCCUCAUAUUUAACCUGCCCGCAGUUUUGAGCACAUUCAUCUGCUUCAUCCUUGAAAACGCGACUGUUUACCUUGCUAGCUGGCUAGCAUCAGCCAGCUGAGUUAAAUAUCUCAGCAUGUUUCGCUUCUUGAAUGACGUUGAUGACGACCCCUACAUGAUGGAUCCCUUUGCAGCUCACAGGCAGCAAAUGAGCCUGUUUGCACCAUUUGGUAUGGACCCUUUUGCUCUUGCCCCUCAGAUGCAGCCACAUCGUGUACCUCGUAGACAGGCUGGUCCAUUGACCCCAUUUGGCAUGAUGGGAAUGGGUGGCGGAUUCAUGGAUAUGUUUGGCAUGAUGGGAGAAAUGAUGGAAAAUGUGGUGAGUGAAGAAAGAAUGUCUGGUUCACCCAACUGUCAGUCGUUCUCUUCCUCAACGGUGAUCUCCUACUCCUCGUCAGAUGUAGGGGCUCCUAAAGUUUAUCAGCAGACCAGCGCAACAAGAACAGGCCCUGGAGGGAUCCGUGAGACGCGACGGUCAAUGAGGGACAGUGAGAGCGGCUUGGAGCAGCUCGCCAUCGGCCACCACAUUGGAGAAAGAGCACACAUAAUGGAGCGUUCACGAAAUCGGCGCACAGGAGACCGCGAAGAGCGGCAAGACUUCAUUAACCUCGAUGAGACUGAUGCUGCCGCGUUUGAUGAGGAGUGGAGGAGGGAGGCAGGAAGGUACGUCCCACCACACGCCCGUGCGCUUGAGUAUGGACGGGAUCGACGGGCAGGAGGUCAGCAGCUGGCUCUUACUGCCCCUCCUAGCUCAACGCCUCCACCAGGUCAUCGACAUGAGUCACCCAGACACCGUCAGCCCCAGCCCCAGCCCCGCCCACGUUAUGACUGGUGAGAAGGUGACACACUUGACGAGGCGAGCAGACGGAAUGAUGGAGUUUAAGGAAGAUUUCCCUGAUGCUGUGAACCAUGUUGAAGACAGAAGUUGAUGCCUGCCACAACCUCCUGUCGUAAAUGUUUGAUAUGACUGGACUGUCUAUAUAUAAACAACGUAUUACACACAACAAAGCCCUCACACACACCUAAUAGUUAACAUUUACAGUUCAGCUUCUUAACUGUUACAUAGAAAACACACACACGCACACACGUAAAAAGUGUUUUUGAAUUGGGUUUAACUACACUCACUUUAUACAGUAAAUACACAUUCUGAAAACUUAACAUGUGUUUUUGACCACGGCACAAAAGUGCUACAGAUUACAGUGCAUCUGCUGUACAGUCCAUUUUAUGUUCGUGAAGACACUAGUGUGUCAGUGAAUUGAAUUGUAUACUGUUACCUAAUUAAUCUAACUAAAUAAAAGUUCAUUAAACAUUGUUAGAUAAUUGCAA